UUUCCUUUAGUGAUCCAGGGAUGAUUUCUUGUUUCUCUGAGGGAGUUUGAGUGGUUCCGUUAGAAUGGAGCUCGAGUCCGGUAUCAGACGUAGUGACGGGACGAAUAACAGCUCCAGUAUAGAGAGUCUGGGUCUGUCAAACUCCACUUUUUCUUAUAAUGGAAACUUUAUUCGCUCGGCUUCUGCUGUGUUUAUGGUGGGAGAAAUCGUGUUUGGGCUACUGGUGUGGACUCUGAUCGGUGGGACAGACUACGUUAAUGCUCCAGCGUUGGGGUGGGUGAUGUUUGUGUCAGUUUUCUACUGGGUCUUAACCAUCAUUCUCUUCCUUCUCUACCUGACCAUAAGCCAAACCAGGAUACAUCUGGUCCCAUGGAAAAUGCUGGGAGUGUGUUUUAACGCCAGUGCCUCUGUAUUGUACCUGACAGCAGCUGUGAUUAGCGCUCUAUCUUUGAAUUCGGCCAAUAGGGGGCGCUACUAUUUUAUCAGCUGGGUGGCAUCGACGAUAUUUGCUUCCUUGACUAUGUUGUGUUAUGCAGGAAAUACAGUUGUGAUUCUCAAAUCGUGGAAAUCAAAAAGUGAAGAUAUAUCUUGUUAAUUAUUGUUUAUCUGAUAAAAGGAUUAUAAAUAUGCAUGUCAUGUAAGCCCAUAUUUCACAGAAUCUUGCAGUGAUUGUAGCAUUGUUCUUGUAAUGAAAAGAAAUUAUUGCUUUGUAUGUGUUUGAAAUGCUUCUGUAUUUAUGUAUUGAUUUUAUAAAUUAAUUUUUUAAAUAAACCAUAUUUGAAAUCA